AACAUCGGAAGCCCCGCCGCGGCGGGGACCUCUCCUUGGCUUCUACUUUGCUCUCUGGCUCCCUUCUUCUUCUUGUCGAAGUUCAGCGUUCGAUUAGGCGAUUAGGGUUGAGGAGUUUUGGUUCUCUUUGCCAUUUUUGGGGAGAAUCAUAACUUUUCGUUUCAUAAAGAGAUUUUGUAGUUGGGUGAGGAGAUGACGAUUGAGUCGCUACCGGGGAGCUCUGGGAUGUUGAAUCCGUCGCCGAAGAGGAGUAUGAGCUAUUUCGGCAAUCGAUAUGUGCUCGGCCUCACAGCUACUUCCGGCAUCGGUGGUCUUCUCUUCGGUUAUGAUACGGGAGUUAUAUCUGGGGCCCUUCUCUAUAUUAGGGAUGAAUUUAGUGAGGUUAAUGACAGCAGUUUCUUACAGGAAACAAUUGUAAGUAUGGCAUUAUUUGGUGCUAUGAUUGGCGCUGCAGCUGGUGGGUGGAUAAAUGAUGUAUAUGGGAGAAAGAGAGCCACCCUUCUCGCAGAUGUUGUAUUUAUAAUUGGUUCUCUGGUUAUGGGUAUGGCCCCAUAUCCUUCUAUUCUUAUAGCUGGGAGGCUCCUAAUUGGUCUUGGUGUUGGAGUUGCUUCUGUAACUUCUCCGGUUUAUAUAGCGGAAGCAUCUCCUUCGGAGAUUCGAGGAGGAUUAGUAAGCACAAAUGUGCUUAUGAUUACUGGGGGGCAAUUUCUAUCAUACCUUGUAAACCUUGCUUUCACUGAGGUUCCGGGUACAUGGCGUUGGAUGCUUGGUGUUGCUGCUGUGCCAGCUAUUUUCCAGUUUUGUUUGAUGCUUGGUUUGCCUGAAUCACCUCGGUGGCUUUAUUUAAAGAAGGACAAGGCUCAAGCUAUUUCUGUGCUUUCAAAAAUUUAUGAUCCUGAUCGUUUGGAGGAGGAGAUAGAUUUGCUUGCUCUUGUUUCAGCUGAAGAUUUGUGCUCCAAGAAGACUGUCAGCUACUUGGAUGUGUUUAGAUCGAAGGAAAUGAGGCUUGCAUUUUUUGCUGGAGCUGGCCUUCAGGCAUUUCAGCAAUUCACGGGAAUCAACACUGUAAUGUACUACAGCCCCACCAUUGUCCAAAUGGCAGGCUUCUCCUCCAACCAGCUUGCUCUGCUACUCUCUCUGAUUGUUGCAGCCAUGAAUGCUGCUGGCACCAUUGCCGGGAUCUACCUCAUCGAUCGCUGCGGUCGACGCCGUUUAGCUCUGACGAGCCUAGUUGGUGUCUUCAUCUCCCUUCUCAUGAUUGCAGGAGCAUUCUCUCUUCAAUCCUCUGGCAUGAGAGCUGACUACUCUGACUGGAACUCACUCCAUAGCUGCUGUGGAGCAAACCAUGGAUGGCUUGCAGUGCUUGGCCUGGCUCUGUACAUAGUGUUCUUUGCGCCGGGGAUGGGUCCAGUUCCAUGGGCGGUGAACUCCGAGAUAUACCCAGAGGCAUAUCGUGGAGUUUGCGGAGGAAUGUCUGCAACUAUCAACUGGGCAUCUAAUCUGAUCGUCGCACAGUUCUUCCUAUCACUUGUGUCGAUUGUUGGAACAGCUGAGACUUUCUUAGUUAUUGCUGGGAUAACUGUGAUGGCAUUUGUGUUUGUGUACAAGUUUGUGCCAGAGACGAAGGGUCUGACAUUUGAGCAGGUGGAGAGAUUGUGGAAGGAGAAGGCAUGGGGCAAUAUUGGAGGUAGACAACAGGCUCUGCUUGGUAGUGUGGCUUGAAGCUUCUUGCAAUGGCACUUUUGACUAAUCUGGAUAAAAAAUUUGAUCAUGAUAUCGGCCCCUUUUUUGUUUUUUGAGUGAAAAAAAGGUGGCUGGUUCUUGUAGUUCUUUGGUGUUGGAUUAAUUAUUCUGUGCGGUUGCUGGAUGCCGUUCGGAGGCAAAUUAGAGUACGUCAUAUCACCUUCUUGUUGUGUACCGGGUGACACGACAUGCUCUAAGUCUUCUCUGAACAGAAUAAUUUCUCCUUGGUGCUGGGCCAGUGAAUAGUGGGAUGGUAUAGAUGUCUGUCAGAAAUUUAUGCUGUUCUUGAUGCUUAAUAUCUUGUGACUUCGUGCUGGAUGUAUUGAACAGCUUUCUUAUGUAAAGUUUUAGUUGAAAAUAAUGAAGUCAUAAUUCUGAUUGAGAAAGAAUAA